ACAGCCACCCCGAUAAGCGGCAAUGGAAUCUUAUCUAUUCGGAGCGAAAGGCGAAGAAAGGAAGCGCCGAGGUGAUAUCUAUGCUAGACACGUAUGCUAGGAUGCACAACAUUUCCAAAACUAAAAUGGGGAUAAGAAGUUGACACGUGUAUGCAGAUAACUGUGGCGGGCACGUGAAAAAUAACCACGUGCUGCAGUAUCUACUCUUUCUGGUGCGCACGGGCCCAUCAAAUAGGGCUGCAUUGAGCUUCUUAGUAAAGGGGCACACGAAGAAUCACUGUGGUCUUCACUUUGGCUACAUCAAGAGGUACCUCGUGAAGCGAGAUAUGUGAAUUAUGGAGGGUGUAGAGCAAGCUGUUGUGGAGUCAUCACCGGAUAAUCAGUGCACCAACUUAGAACAAUCGGAUUACACCUUCCGAGAGUUUAAGCCCACGCUGGAGAGUUUGUUCCGUAAGCUUGACGGCAGUCAAAGCAAUCAAAUAUUUCAAAUGCGUGUUGAUGAACCAGGAAAAGUAUAUUGCCGCAAACGCCCGGGCAAUGAAACGGCGGCAUUCUGGGCUAGUUUUACCAAGCUGGAUCCUCCUCUCCCCAACAAGGAGCCUCACGACAUCUACAAGAAAGUUCUACAGUAUCACGACCAAGAGGAGGUUGCAGCCAAGAAGAAAUCUAGGCCUCAGAAAGUCUGCUCAAGCGAAGAAGCGGCUGUCAGGGAAGCAGCCGAAGUCUAA